GGGGCUGCUCGCGGCUGCGGCGGGGGAUGGGCCUGGGUUGCCUGCGCAGCGCGAGCAAAGCUGCUUUGAGGCGAUGGCGGCGCGGGGGGCCUCGGGCGCGGCCCCCGAUCAGCCAGAGGGGCCUGGGCGUGGGCGCCCCCGGGGUGAGUGAGACUCCUCCGACCUUUGGGUUCCUGUUUGACAUUGAUGGAGUGCUUGUUCGGGGACGCCAUGUGAUUCCUGCUGCCCAGGAGGCCUUCCGGAAACUGCUAGACUCUAAUGGACAGUUCCGGGUGCCGGUAGUCUUUGUGACAAAUGCUGGAAAUUGCUUACAGCAUGUCAAAGCCCAGGAACUCUCCAAUGCUUUGGGAUUGAAGGUGUCUCCAGAACAAGUGAUCCUCUCCCACAGCCCCCUGCAUCUCUUCCAUCAGUUCCAUGAGAAGUGUAUGCUGGUGUCCGGGCAGGGGCCAGUGGAGGAAAAUGCCAGGAAUGUGGGGUUCCAGAAUGUGGUUACCAUACAGGAUGUGAGGAAGGCAUUUCCCCUGCUGGACAUGGUUGAUCAAAGCCGUAGACCAAAGGAGCUGCCUCCUCUGACCACUGACUUCCCUACCAUAGAAGGGGUGAUUCUGUUUGGGGAGCCGGUCCGGUGGGAGACAAGCCUUCAGCUGAUUAUUGAUGUCCUCCUGAGCAACGGGAACCCUGGGGCAGAGCUGGCAGCAGUGCCAUAUCCCCAUAUACCUGUCCUUGCCUGUAACAUGGAUCUUUUGUGGAUGGCAGAAGCCAAGAUGCCAAGAUUUGGCCAUGGCACUUUUCUUGUCUGCUUGGAGAACAUCUACAAAAAAGUGACUGGCAGGGAGUUGAAGUAUGAGGCCCUAAUCGGCAAACCCAGCAUUGUCACUUACCAGUACGCUGAGUAUCUGAUCAAACAGCAGGUGGAAAGACAAGGGUGGCCAUCUCCCAUCUGCAGGCUCUAUGCUGUUGGGGAUAAUCCAAUGUCUGACAUCUAUGGUGCGAACUUCUACAAUCGCUAUCUCAAGGCUGCGUGUCAGGCCCGUGCCCAGGCUGAGGUGAAGAGGAGUGUGGGGGUGGCAGAUCCCCAGAGUGAGGACCAUUCAGAGCCGAAGGAGGAUUGGUACGUCUCGUUGGAGAGUUGCAAGUCAAUUCUAGUCUGCACUGGGGUCUACAGUCCUCAUGGAGUUGUGCCUGCUGACCCACAUGAGAGCACGGUGGAGACUGUGUUCCAUGGGCACCGGGACUUCUGCUUUGACACCAGCCUACUGGAGGCAUCUUAUGUGGUGCAGGAUGUGAAUGAAGCUGUGGAGCUUGUCUUUGAGAAGGAGAACUGGAGCCAGGAGUGAAAUGGAAGUGGCAAAAUCUACAGUCAUCAGGGUUGAGGAGGGAAGGGGAGGAUGGGAAUCUUCUAGCCUAACUCGUCCUAAAAUGUGGGGGGGGGGGAAAUUCCUAGGGCAUUGUGGGGCCUGAUGCCAAAGGCCCCUUGUCUUAAUAUCAGUUGGUCAGUCUAUUGUUACUAGCAGGAUGAUGCUUUUAAUCUGGCCAGGUCCAUGUUAACAACCUACUGUUGCUCCUGUGCAUUAAACUGUAAUGGGGCAGGAUUGGAUAGAUCACCCUUGCCCCCAUGUUUAUGAAGCUCUGCUUGGCCAAAGCCCUUUUCCCUUUCAAUCCCCACAGUGCUUGAGAGGCUUAUCCCUGUUACACACAGCGGGGUGGGGAGCAUCAUGGACCCAUGCAUCAGUUAUGUCCUACACAAACCUUUAAGUAGGAUGUAGGUGGAGCCUGGCCUCUGUACUGACCCUCUGCCCAGGGUGAAAUUGAUAAUGAAGGGUUAAUGACUAUUCCAAGUGUGCUUUGAUGCCCUGGCCUGCUAACUACCUGUUUGUCAGUGGAUUGAGAGUGCACAUAGUGUUGUCUUGAUAUAGCACCUGUGCUCUUACUGGCCUUGUGCUGGAUCAGAGACUUUAUCUCUUGCAUCCUUACCUCUGUUUCAUGGCUUCCCAGCAACAUAAGGGGGGGGGGGUAAUUUACCUCACAGGAAAACCUGGGCAGCCACAGCAACUUGGUGCAGUGCUAAAGGUGGUAUUAAAAUGUUCUCAUUGUAACUUAAACGCGUUCUCUGAUUGUCAAUAGCCCCCUUCUGCUGCCUAAGGGGGAACACAAGUAGUCUUGCUUCAAAGAUGGCAAGGAAUGAACCUGGGAUUAUAAACUACCAGAGGCAAGGAAGCUGCAUUUUGCAGCAGUACUAGGUUCUGAAGCCCCAAUAGGAUCAGUGUGGGUACCAAAAUGGAUCUUUGCAUCAUCCAUAAGAGUGAUAAAACCUCCCCUACUGUCUCUUAUCCCCCCGCCCUCCCAUGCGCACACACACACACUGGUGCUGCUUCCAUAGCAGCUCAAGCUUGUCCUGAAUUGCUGGCUUCUGUGAUAGGUCACCCAUUUGCUUUAUUCUCUGAUGUAGCACUGUUAAAUUCUCCUUUGGGAGAGAAGCCAUAAACAUCAGCUCCACCUAGGGCCUGUGGACAUUCCCAGUUUUGGUCACUGGGGUUCUUAAAUGCAGAAGUUUUUUCCUAGAUGUAGUUUGCUCCUCAGAGAUGUCCCUAAACUCUAAUUCUCUUUCCCUUUCCUUCCUCUCCCCAAAUUGCAGUGAAGUGCUCUCCAAAGUAGUCACUGCUACUCCUGGAGGGGCUAGCAUGGGUCAGCAACCUACAGCAUGUGUACCAAACGUGGUACGCAAGCCGAUUUUGAGUGGCAUGCAGCUGCCUGCCAUGGUCCUGGCCCCCAGCCUAACUCAGCCCCCCCUACCCCCCCCCCCCGUGGGGGCAGGAGGCAGAAGCUUGGUUCUGGGGCAGCCAAGUUUCCCUCUCCCCCACUUCUUCCCCUAGUGUGGUGCUUUCCUGCUCCCCCCCUCCUUCCCUGAGCCAAUCAGUUGAUGGCUCUUGCAAGGGGGAAGAGCAGUACCCUGCUCCAUACAGGACGCAGAGAGAGGUGGGAAGGGGACAGGGCAGGGCACAUCCCUUCCAGCCCCCUGCCAUGAGCCACUCAGGGCAGGGGGCUGGGAGCACCCCUAUGGGCUGAGCACCCCAGCCCUCUGCCCUGACCCUCCCCCCACGCCCAGCCUUCUGCCCUGCACCCCCUGAGCCCUCUGCCCUGACCCUUGAACCCCCCCUACACACUCAGCCUUCUGCCCUGAACCCCUGGUCUCAGCCACAGGCUCUGCUCAGCCCGCUGCCAGCGUAGGUGAACAGAACCCCAGGCUGGCAGUGAGCUGAGCAGGCUGGUGGUGUAAGAUCAGCAUUUUAAUUUAAAUGACGCUUCUUAAAGACUUUGAAAACCUUGUUUACUUUACAUACAACAAUAGUUUAGUUAUAUAAUAUCGACUUACAGAAAGAGACUUUCUAAAAAUGUUAAAAUGUACUACUGGCACAUGAAACCUUAAAUUAGGGUGAAUAAAUGAAGACUGGGCACACCACUUCUGAAAGCUUGCCAACCCCUUGGCUAGCAGCUUAAUGCUGCUGUAGCAGUGCCAGACCCUGCUUUAACUUUCCUUCUCUGCCUGACCCUGACAGCUUCCCGUUCCUUAGCCCUCAUUAAUAGGGAAGAGUUUGAGGCCUGUGUCUUCAUUAAAAAUCCUUAAGAAUAUCUGUGAAAAAUUCAAAAAAUGAAACUCAACAUGAAUACUUAGUCCUGCCAUGAGUGCAGGGGACUGGACUAGAUUAGAUGACCCCUCAAGGUCCCUUCCAGUCCUAUGAUUCUAUGAAAGAUGUCAUCUCAGAAACAGGUUAAUUUUAAUUGUCUAAAGAUUCAUGUGCUCCACCGUGGCAGCACCACAAAUGAUUCUUGAUACCAAGUGGAAAGUCCUGACUGAAGUCUCUGUUUUUUGUGCCUGUGCACUUCUGUUGAGAUCACUGGAGUUACUGACUCACACCACUUAAUGAGAACGGCAUUGAGGGCCAAUCUCUUUGCAAACAUACCUAUUUUUAAGCAGCCACUCAUACAGAGCAUAAGCUGUGAUCUUUUCAUAAGUAUAUUUUGGUCUCAGUUAAAAUAUCAGAGUUCAGGUUUGAUGAUUUCCUAUGGAGCACCUUUUUUUUUUUCAUACUUCCUCUUUGGUAACACUGGAUUAGCCUAGUAGGGUUGCACAGGGACCCAGGCUCCUUCCUUCUACUUGAAACACUAAUUCAGGGGGCAGUAGUUUCUGAAGCAAGCUGUGGAUUCUGUCAGUGACCCUGGCAAAGAGGUAGUAUGCAUCUUCUCCACCCUUGGUUACUGUGGAGUGUUAUACAGACCAGUGAGCAGCUGUCACCGUUUGACCAGUAACAUGGGGUACCUCAACACUUAGCUACUGUAGCCUCCCACCUGGGCUCCUCACAAACAGCAUGCAGGUCACACCCUGAGUGCCCACAUACAGCCAUAGCUCUGACCCUAGCAGCCUGCCAGCAACACCCCAGCUGCAGUGGCUUUCACCAGCCUUGGUUACUACUUGUAGGGUGAUCCCAACACACUGCUAGUCCUGGGUUUUUCCCCUCAAGAUGAGUUCUGCAGUGUCCAGCCCUCUCCUGGACAGUCCAAAUAUAUUAUGUUUGUUGCCCCUGUAAGGUGAUCAGCAGACAAGAGUCUGCUACCUUCAAUGAAGUUACCCAAACAAUUCACAACACUGGAUUAGUUUUAAUUAAGGAUAUAAACAAGUUUAUCUAAGAGACUGAGUACAAGUAAUGGAGGUAUUAAAGUUAGAAAUGGUUACAAGAAAAAUAAAGAUAAAAUGUUUUCUAAACUUCA